UAUAUAUUAUAUUCUAAAUUAUAAUAUCUGCUUAUUGUGAAAACACUGAAAUAUUUUCGGAUAUUACAUCGUUUAUUCCUACUUGGAGUAUGUGCAUAAAAUGUAUCAUUGGUAUAAUAUAACCUUAAUACUGAGGUGAAAUACACCAGAGCAGUUAGUGUGAAUUUUUGGUAUUAUUAAUGUAAUACACGUAACCCGGUUGUAAAUUACAGAUUAUAUAAAAAUAAUUGAAAAUGUCAAAAGAAUCAAAUGGUACGAUUACCCAUAAAAUUCAUAGAGAACGCAAUGCCGGUCGUAAAGCAGAAAAAAAGGAAGCAAAGAAAAAUCAUGCUGAAGAAUUCACGGACAAACAGAAAAAUCCAAAAGCAUUUACAUUUAAUUCCGCAAUUAAGGCAGAAAGACGCUUUAGACGAAAACAAGACAUAGAAACAAAGAAACAACACAUACCAUUGGUUGAUAGAACACCUCUUGAACCUCCUCCUGUUUUAGUUGCUGUUGUUGGUCCUCCAAAAGUUGGUAAAUCUUUAGUAAUUCAGUGCCUUAUUAAGAGUUAUGUGAGACAACCAUUGGUCAAUAUACUUGGUCCUGUUACUGUUGUUUCUAGUAAAAAAAGGAGAAUUACUUUUAUGGAAUGCAACAAUGAUAUAAACAGUAUGAUAGAUAUCGCUAAAGUAGCAGACCUUGUACUGCUCUUAAUAGAUGCAUCCUUUGGUUUUGAAAUGGAAAUAUUCGAAUUUCUAAAUAUCUGUCAAGUUCAUGGUAUGCCUAGAAUAAUGGGUGUUUUAACUCACUUAGAUUUAAUAAAACAAGCAAAACAGUUGAAAAGAACCAAGAAGAUAUUGAAACAAAGGUUUUGGACAGAAGUUUAUGCUGGAGCAAAAUUGUUUUAUCUGUCUGGAUUAAUUCAUGGAGAAUAUUUACGUACAGAAGUUAAGAAUUUAGCUAGAUUCAUAUCUGUCAUGAAAUUUAGGCCAUUAACUUGGCGUACUACGCAUCCUUACAUUAUGGUUGACAGAGUGGAAGAUUUAACAUCUCCAGAAUUAAUUAGACAAAAUUCAAAAGUUGACAGAACAAUUAGUUUAUAUGGGUACGUAAGGGGAAUUCCAUUAAACAAAGAAACAUCCAUACAUAUCCCUGGUUGUGGAGACCUAAAAAUCAAAGAUAUUAGCUUUCUGCCAGAUCCAUGUCCUUUACCAGAAGAAUUAAAGAAACGUGCAUUAGUAGAAAAAGAGAGAUUAAUUUAUGCACCUUUUUCUGGUGUUGGUGGUAUUGUAUAUGAUAAAGAUGCUGUUUAUGUUGAAUUGGGUGGUAGCCAUUCUCAUCAAGAGGAAGAGACAGGUUUGAUUGGAGCAUUAAUGGAUGCCCAAGAAACAUUAGAUCAAAAAUUACAACACAGUGAAUUACAAUUGUUUAGUAAUGCUGCUCCUAUAAAAUCACAAGAUAUAAAUGAAGAUUUUGGCAAUUAUAAGACAGAAACUGUAAAUGAUAAUGGUAGAAUCAGGAGAAAGGUUUUAUUCCUUGAUGCUGAAUCUUUAGCAAAAUCUUCUGAUAUGUCGGAUGAAAGUGAUCAGGAAGAUGUCAAAGAUGAGGAAUUGCAUAGCGAUCAAGAUGAAAAAACUGAAGGCGAUGUGGAAGAAGUACAUGAAGCGAUAACAAAAGUUGAAUGUCUAAAAGAAGUGGAUGAUGACAGCUUGGAAGAUAUAAAAUUGAGUGAACAAGAUGAACAUAAUAUUAAAAAAAUGAAUAAGAGGAAAGGCAUGAAGAGAAAAAAUGAAAUUUGCCAACUAGAAAAUGUUAAAAAGAGGAAAAGUUUGCCAAAUGUAUCGAAUCUGGAGAACAGCGACGUGUCUACUAUGAAACAGAAGUUUUCAAAUUUGACAGAUUCUGGGGUUUCAGAAAUAUCAAAUACUGUAGAUGUUUAUCAUUCCCUAAGCAAGGAAUCAGAUAUCUUAAUAAAGAAUAAGAUUAAAAAUGUACUGGAUCAAUUAAAUUCAGAGACGACUAAAUCAAAGGAGAAAAUGAAUAUCGAGAAUGAAAGCUUUGAUGAACUUAGUGAUGGAGAUUCUAGAGUUGAUUUAGAAAUAGAUGACGCAGAAGAAGAAACUGAUUUUCGGUAUGAGGCCUCCGACGAAGAAGAUUACGAAGAAAAAGAAAAUAAAGAAGAUGAAAAUAUCAAAAUCGAUAGUAUUGGAGAAACUGACAAGAUCGAGAAUGAAGAAGAAGUUGAAGAUGAAAUAAAAUGGAAAUCAAAUUUAGUUGAGAAGGCCAGACAAGCAUUUGAAAAUCGCCAGCGAGAUAACAUAAAUCUCAUGAAAAUCGUUUAUGGAGCAUUUGAUAAAAAUUGCAUAGAAAAAGAAAAUAAAGAAGUGGAGAAAGUUGAGCACGAAAAUACCGAAAUAGGUGGUAUCUUUCGUGUAGUUCAAGAACAACAAAAACAAGGAAUACAUGAACGAGAACUACAAAACCAAGAGGAGUGUAUAUUUUUUCCAACAAAUCAGCGUGAUUGGUUGACUGAAGAAAAUAAGAUACUUGUAAUGAAUCGCUUCGUAACCGGAAAAUGGAAAGAAUCAGAAGACGCAGAAGAACUUUUAAAAUUAGAUGACAUAAAUGAUGAGGAAUUGUACGGAGAUUUUGAAGAUUUAGAAGCUGGGAAAAAACACGAAACAAAAGAACCAAUAGUGGAUGUGGUAGAGGAGAAGAAAAAGCUUUUAGAAAAAAAGAAAAAAUUAAAAGAACAGUUUGAUUUAGAGUACGAUAAUGACGAGAAUAAAACAUAUUACGAUGAAUUAAAACUAGAGGUUGAAAAGCAAGCGAAUCUAAAUAAAUCAGAAUUUGAGGGAAUAGAGGAUAAUGUGAGAGUGCAGUUGGAAGGUUAUCGUCCAGGUAUGUACGUUCGUGUUGAAAUUGAAACUGUACCACAUGAACUUAUUACUCAUUUAGAUCCCACAUAUCCAUUGAUUAUUGGGGGACUUUUACAUGGGGAAGAGAACAUAGGAUACGUACAGACAAGAAUAAAAAAGCAUCGAUGGUAUCCAAAAAUUCUAAAGAGCAAAGAUCCAUUGAUACUUUCCGUAGGAUGGCGUCGAUUUCAAACGUUACCAAUUUUCUCAAAAUUAGAAGACAAUUUAAGAAAUAGGAUGUUAAAGUAUACCCCAGAACAUGUUGCCUGUAUGGCACAUUUUUGGGGUCCUGUUACACCACAGGGUACAGGUGUUUUAGCAGUUCAAGAUGUGGCUACUAGGCUACCAGGUUUUAGAAUAGCAGCAACAGGUACCAUUGUAGAAAUGGACAAGAGUACACAGAUCAUGAAAAAAUUAAAACUUACCGGUGUUCCAAUGAAGAUUUACAAAAAAACUGCUUUCAUAAAAGAUAUGUUUAAUUCAGCGCUUGAGGUAGCAAAAUUUGAAGGUGCCAGAAUAAAAACUGUAUCUGGUAUACGUGGUCAAAUAAAGAAAGCUCUAUCAAAGCCCGAAGGAUGUUUCCGCGCAACAUUCGAAGAUAAAAUACUUUUGAGCGAUAUUGUUUUCUGUCGAACUUGGUACAAAGUUGAUGUUCCAAAAUUUUAUAAUCCUAUUACUUCACUCUUAUUACCUCCCGAAGAAAAAAAUCAUUGGCAAGGUAUGAAAACAACUGGUCAGUUAAAAAGAGAAAAGAAUAUACGUAUACCUGCUAAUAAAGAUUCUAGUUAUACGCCUGUCGAAAGACCAGUAACAACGUUUAAACCCUUAUCUAUACCUCGAAGCUUACAGAAAGAGCUUCCGUAUCGAGACAAACCGAAAUUAAUGCCAAUUCGUGACAGGGACAAAUCGAUCUUUAAAAGUGGUAGGAUAGCAGUAGUACGUGAACCAAAAGAAGCGAGAGUGGCGAGCCUCAUGCAAAUGAUCAAAACCAAUUAUGCUUAUAAACAAAAACAACUUAGAGAAACUACAAAACAAAGAAUUAAGGCACAUCGAACUCAAAUUGCUGCCGUGGAAGCACGGAAACUCCAGAGACAAAAAGAAUUUAAGAAACACGUGUUCAGAGAACUUAGUAAGUUAGAGAAAAAAAAGAAAACGUAG